CAAAGCACUGUAAAUCCGCCUUUGUCAUCUCUCUCCUCGAACAGAACAUCUCUAUUCGCUUCUUCUCUGGAUUAUGGUCUGACUUUGACCACCACGUUACAGUCGGGAAGUACAAUAUCAUAUUAACCUCCGAAACGAUCUACAGCGCCAGCAGCCUUCCUUCCCUCGUCGAUACGAUGCAUUCUGCCUCUGAUACUGGCGGGGACAAGCCUCUGAACGUGAUCAGCUCACCUCAGCUGACAAUAUCCCGAAGCAUUGUACCUGCCAAGUAUCUGUGUCUCGUAGCGGCAAAGGUGUUGCACUUUGGAGUGGUGUCAGAGAUUACAAAACUCAUCGAAACACCCGCGAAAACAAUAUGCAGUUUUGGAUGCGAGGUGACGGGAGAUAUGCAUCACAUCUUCGUCAACUGCAGGCAGGACGAUCAGUGGAGGGUGGACGCUAAUAAGGAGCUGGUUGAGAGGACUGAGCUUAAGCUCGCAAACAUGCGGAUCGGGGGGGCUGUGAAGAACGGGCAAAUACCAAACCUCGAUCUCCUGAUCCCAAGUGAGACUGGUAUUGGUGAAGUCGAGGGCCGGAGACUCAGAUCACACAUUUCUUCCGAUUGGCACAUCGCGUCCAUUUGGCUAGCAGGGCGGAUAUUUGGGGAUUAUCAAAGGAAAAUGGCUGUUUUGAACGACUGUAGAAGGAGACACUAGUUACUACGUUUGUAUUUGGUCCGUCGAGGCCGGCUCUUGGGUUGACCUUAGUCUCUAGUAGAUGUAGACGGAUGUCAUAUUGUAACAAUUGUAACAAUGGGAUGCCCACGGGGCAAAGUCAAA